CCAUCUCCCUCACUCACUCUCAUACAGCAUGGCAGGUCUGCCAACACUCCAGGAGAUGGAGGAAUGGAUCGAGCAGGCACUCCAGGACAACGUCCCCAAGAACCUGCAAGAGCUACCAUUCAAGAUCAGCGAAACCAUCGUCACCUACUCCGAAGCAGUAUACAAUGAGCUCACAAAGUACGGCAGCCCAGUCAAUCUGCCCUCGCUGCAACAGAUCGAGGACCACAUGCCAUCCAACCCCUUUGCAAAGUGCCCCGUAGCGCCCCUCCCACCACCGCCGCCCCCUCGUGGGAUACUUGGAAGGUCGGUAGAUUGCGCCCACGCUCACAGACGCGCAUUCGCCAUCGCAGGUGGAGUCGCCGUACUUGGGCUGGGUACCACUGCCGCUUAUCAGAGGGGAUUCCUAUGGCUCCCACUACUCGGAAAGAGGGACCAGAAAUUCAUUCAAGCGGCCAACAAGAGGAAGAUGCGUACACCAGAGAUCAGGAAUGGAGUCAGGAAGGAGGCAGUAGUCGUUUUGGGAGCCGACACGCCCCUCGGCAGAGCUCUGGCACUACACCUGGCCUCUGUAGGCUUCAUCGUCAUUGCCUCCGUCUCGUCCUCGGCCGCCGUGUCCUCCUUCAACUCGAUCAUCGCGCCAUCCUCGCGCGGCUACAUCAAGACGCUCGUCUUCGAGACGUCUGACGUCGCCAGUUCCCUCAACAAAUUCAUCCGUUCCGUUGAUGAAGUACUCAAGCUUCGCUUCCCACUGCUGAGUGCUGGUGAUCCCUAUGCAUCCCCUGGAGAGGAGGUCAGUCUUGUUGGAGUCGUCAAUGCCCUCAGCUACCUCGCACCUGCCAACGACAUCAGUCAGAAAACCAGCACGGCGUUCCAGUGCAACCCUGCCGAGCUAGCCGAGUCGAUGGAGAAGCACGUCGUAGCUGCCCUCUGUGCCCUCUCCUCUUUGCAGCCGCUCCUUACCUCGCCAAGUGCCCGAGGGUCGCUGCGAGCCUCGGAAGCCAACGUCAGGACUGCUGGUGCCCAGUCUCCGUCUGCUGCCACUGCAAUCACCCUCCUCAGCUCUCCCUCUAGUCAUACCUCGCUUCCUGGAGCCGAUAGGGAGAGUGUCAUCGCCCAGGCUGCUGCUGCAGGCAUGGAAGUAAUCAGGCGAGAAGCCGAGGUGCGCUCUAGCACCACAUCAUUGUCCUCAGCCUCCGUCCACGCCAGGCGCUCGCUUCGCGUCACCACAGUCGAGAUUGACGAGGGCACUCCUUGGGGCUAUGCUGCGCGUCGGAUCCCCUCGUCCGGCGAAGCAGAGACUACGGCCUCAUCGACCAGCAGCAUUGGCGGUGGCUCCACCGCUUCAGUAGCCCCUGCACCAGCGCGACCUGCCUACAUGCGCAAGGCCUCUUCAACCCUGACCUGGCCAACACGAGACAGCUCUACCCAGCUCGUGCUGUCCAAGGUCACGUCCCUUCUGCUCACACCCGAUGCUACUGCUCGACUGAAGGCGACAUACCGUGUCUACCUCCCCACGGAGAAGGAGACUUCCUACUGGGGUCAAGCUCAAGCCCUGUGGAACCGCGGUACCCAGCGUCUGAUGAGAGUCAUUCCCACGUCUUGGGUCGACGUGCUGCUGAGCCUGAGAAGGCACGUCAGCAUGCGGAGAGCUGGACUGAUUGGGCAGGGUCCAAGGGGCACGAGGACAGCCUCCCAAGGCUCAUCCAGCAAUGCUCAGACCAGCAGCGGCAACCUUUCCAAGAGUGCUACCAGCCAAGCAGGCGGAGCCAGGCGUGCUGGAGGGAGCGCGAGCGCCAGUUCUCUUGCGCCCCCUCCUACCGCCUCAUCGAGGAGAGGGUAUUACUACCCCUCCAACUCCAACUCCGGUUCAGCGCCCACCUCUGGGCCCCCUUCUCUUCCCGACUCAAAUUCCGGCGAGUCCACCUCCUUCCACGGAGACACAGAGGACGGAAUGGUCUCUUCUGGUGUGCUGGACAGUCAUUCUGAACCAGAGGGAGAAGGGGGCGCAGGUAGCCGUGGUGGUAGGGCUGUGGGAGGUGGGGUAAGCAGGUCGAACGCGACUAUUGGAGUUGGUUUUGAGCAUGUGGGUGCUGCCGAGGGGCCUUGGAUGGGACCUGACGAGCCUCAAUCCGGUAGUGAGCUGCUGCACAGUCAGGCGCACGCUGAUGACGAGGUGGAGCGUGACGAGGAACACGAGCACGAUCGCGACCACGAGCAACACCUCGAGCAUGAGCACGAGCAUGAGCAUGGAGAGGAAGAAGGCGAUCAAGGAGAGGGAUCCUCCUUUGUAGGGGAGAGCUGGGUCGCUCUUGGUGAGAGCAGCAGAAGGGAGAGGGGCGAGUGAAGGAGUGAGCCCUCCCACUCAUCCUUACGCUUCCUUGCUCCCUUGCUUCUUGAUCUCCUCACGCCUGCUCUCUCCCCCAUCGAGCAUCGAUUGCUACGCCGUGCUGUGCUAUAGUCUCUAUUGUAUUCCCACUUCCUGUUCCCUAUCUCGAUCUCGUCUCUUCUGUUUCUCCUUCUCUUCUCUCUCUCCAGCUCUUGCUUUCGAUCUUGUUGUCCAACUUCCUAUGUCCGUGCCUCGUACUUGUCCUUGUCCUUUGUUGUAGCUGCUUCUUGUCCCCCUUUCCCCUUCUCUCUUUUCCACUUUGAAUCACAACAACUUCGUAUUGCC